AUGGAAACUUCUAGAGGAAAACCAAUACUUGAACAUCAAGGUUAUAUAUAUAUUAUUAAUAAAAAAUCAAAUAACAACAAAAUAAUAUGGUGCUGUCGUAAUUAUCGUCAUAAUCAAUGUCGCAGUCGACUUCAUACAAUUGAUGGUGAAGUUGUACUUACAGUUGGUGAACAUAACCAUGAACCAUCUCAUAUACCAGGUGAAGUAAUUGCAUCACGUACAAAAAUGAAUGAUGCAGCUAAACAAACUAGUCAUUCAACGCAUGAUAUUGUGGCUGAUUGUGUAUCAAGAUUAUCUGAUCAUGCAAUUUCAACACUACCAAAUUUACAGCACGUUAAACGUACUGUUCAACGAAUUCGUCAAAGACAUCAAAACCCAUUAUCAUUACCAAUGGAACAUUAUCCAAAUAUUUGGAAAUUUUUAAAAGGUUUAAAGAAAGAACAAUGUUAUGUUGAUGCUCAAAUUAUUCAAGCAGAAGUUGGUGUUAGACAAGCACGAAGACGUGAACAGAUUCGUCGAGAAACACGUAUUUUGAAUUUAUUAAAUGAACCAACAACAACAAACUUUGAAAAAGUAAUGGCUCUAGCUCAAAAUAUUGCAUUAAAAGAUUCUUAA